AUGUGGGCUCUUCUUUGGCAGGAUGACUUUGAUUCUACCAUCACAAUGGAGGAACAGAUUCAUCUUCUGUUGGAGGCCAAAGUGCAAUGUGAGCAAAAUAUCUCUUCUCAGCUAGAAGCAGAAGGGGGAAGUGAUUGCCUUCCAGAAUGGGAUGGGCUAAUCUGCUGGCCCAGAGGGUCAGCUGGGAAGACAGUAGCUGUCCCGUGCCCUUUGUAUGUAUAUGACUUCAAUCACAAAGGGAUGGCGUUCAGGCGCUGUAGCUCAAAUGGAACGUGGGCUUACGUACUAAGCUUAAACCGAACGUGGUCAAACUAUUCAGAGUGCCUUCGCUUCCUGCAAGCAGAAAACAGCCCAGGGAAGUGGGAAUUCUUUGAACGUCUCUAUAUUAUGUACACAGUUGGAUAUUCCAUCUCUUUCACGUCUUUGGCUGUAGCAAUUUUCAUCAUUGGUUAUUUCAGAAGGCUCCACUGCACCCGGAAUUAUAUACAUCUGCAUUUAUUUGUCUCAUUCAUGCUCAGAGCUACCAGCAUUUUUAUUAAAGACAAAGUUGUUCAUACUCAUAUAGGAGCAAAAGAACUUGAUGCACUAUUUGUGGGCGACCUGCAAAAUGUUAUAGUGGCUCCGAUCACAGACAAGUCUCAGUACGUGUGGUGCAAGAUUACCGUGGUGAUGUUUAUUUAUUUCCUGGCGACCAACUACUACUGGAUCUUGGUUGAAGGCCUCUAUCUGCACAGCUUAAUAUUUGUGGCUUUCUUUUCGGAUACCAAGUACCUGUGGGGAUUUAUCUUGGCAGGCUGGGGCUUCCCAGCUAUCUUUGUAGUGGCCUGGGCAGUGGUUAGAGCAACAGUAGCAGAUGCGAGAUGCUGGGAGCUCAGCGCUGGAGACAUAAAGUGGAUUUACCAAACUCCAAUUUUAGUAGCUAUUGGGUUAAACUUUGUCCUGUUCCUGAAUACUGUGCGGGUUUUGGCAACAAAAAUCUGGGAGACAAAUGCUGUUGGCUAUGACACAAGGAAGCAAUAUAAGAAACUAGCAAAAUCCACACUGAUUCUGAUCCUCGUCUUUGGUGUGCACUACAUUGUCUUUGUAUGCCUGCCUCACACAUUUACUGGGUUGGGUUGGGAGAUCCGUAUGCACUGCGAACUCUUCUUCAACUCAUUCCAGGGUUUCUUUGUCUCCAUCAUCUAUUGUUACUGCAAUGGAGAGGUGCAGGCUGAGAUCAAGAAGACAUGGUCAAGAUGGAACCUGGCCAUUGACUGGGAGAGGCCAGCACCUUGUGGCAACUACCACUAUGGCUCUGUCCUCACUAACAUGACCCAUAGCACCAGCAGCCAGACCCAGAUGGUGGCCAGUUCUCGCAUGGUACUCAUUUCCAGCCGGGUUUGCAAAAAUGUCCCCCAGCGGAACGACCCGCAUGUAAUUUUGCCUGGAUAUGUUAGGAGUAACUCUGAACAGGACUGCAUCCCUCAGUGGGUUCCUGAAGAGGCUGAUGAAGAUGAAGAGAAGAAGUUGGAUGGCAUUUCACUCCAGAAGCCCCAUAGGCUUCAGGACAAUCAUGUAGGUCCCCUUGAGGAAGAGGAGAGAAGGGGAGAAGUAGAGGCAACACUUUAAUAACACUUUAAUAAACCAGAAUGUGUCUACACAUGGGGAACAGGCCUAGUAUAAUACUAAUGGAGCCCUCUGUGUACAGGCAACAAAGGUUUUAUCAAACUCUGUCAUCAUCGGUCAUUCUCAGUGGCUUCCUCAAUGAUACAGCUCACUUUCUGUGAUGCUGUGUUGUGUUGAUGUUUGCUUGACCCAGGGACAUUUACUCUGUUCCUGACCCAAGGUGUGUCCAGCUCCCAGAACCUGGGAAAUGUUCUAUGUACAAAGCAUAUGAGCUUCCAGUGGACUAUGGUCACCCUUCCUUUGCAAGUACUUCUCAACUGCAUGGUGCAGUUCACUGGCAUAAAUAUCACAAAGGCAUCAGGGAAUUCAAGUAAAAGUAGAACUGAAGAAGCGGAUUUGUUCUUAUUAGACCUAUAAGAAGUUCAGGAAAAAUACAAUGGAUCCAUAGUAUCCACUGGUGUUUGGUUCCAGGUCCUCCCAUGGAUAUCAAAAUACAUAGAUGCUCAAGUCCUAUUAUAUACAAUGGUGUUGUAAAAUGGUGUCCCUUAUUUCAAAUGAGAAAAUCAAGGUUUGCUUUUGGGAUUAUUAUUUUUGUGGUAACAUUUUCAAGUCGUGGAUGGUUGAAUAUAUGGGUGCAGAAUCUAUCUUGCAUCUGUUACUGUUUCAGUUCUAAUUUCUUUACCAACGGGCCCAAUUUUUUAUAUAUCUAUUUUAAGAAUUAACAAACAAAUAUUCAUGUCCAUAUUAAUUCCAUAUUGUGACAAAUGGUUGUCAAUUAAAAAUAUGAUUAUUUCAUAAGGCACGUGUGCCUAUCUUAUUCCAUUAUUGCAAUGAUCCAGACUAUUUUAAUGAAAUUAAUUGUAUGUUGAUAUAACGUAUCUCUACCGUUUAUCUAUAAAACAUUACAGCCACUAAGCAGUACAGUGCAGAUUAGCUAUGUAGUUAAUUUUUCACCAGUUCUUCAUUACUCCCUAGCAAGAUCAUGUUAUUGUAAGGUGAUAAUUUAUGGCCAACCUGGUGAUCCACUGAAGUACACAAGGCGGUUUAUACUAUAAAAGAAAGUGCAAGUUCAAUUCAAAAUCUAAAGACAGCAUUAAGAAUUAUGAACACAACCAUAGAAUCAUAGAAUCAAAGAGUUGGAAGAGACCUCAUGGGCCAUCCAGUCCAACCCCCUGCCAAGAAGCAGGAAUAUUGCAUUCAAAGCACCCCUGACAGAUGGCCAUCCAGCCUCUGUUUAAAAGUUUCCAAAGAAGGAGUCUCCACCACAC